AUGACACACAAUUUUGAAACAUUAACUGGCUGUCUGUCUCUGUGAGUGCUUCAGGAAUGCUUCUGAAAUCCUCUAUUCCCCAUCCAAUCCUCAUCUUUUCCCUGUCAGUCAUUUUGUCUCCCAUCAACCCUGUUCAGAAUAUGGUUGAGGGGGUGGAGUCUGAUAUCGGGAGGCGUGGCUUUUCAGUGAUCUGGAAUAUACCUACAGCUCGGUGUCAGCGUCGAUAUGGAGUCUCCCUGCCGCUGCAUCAGUUCAACAUCAUUCAUAACUCACAGCAGAGAUUUCAGGGUCAAAAUAUGAGCAUUUUUUAUCAGCGCCGUCUGGGUCUUUACCCCUACAUCAACCGUCAAGGCUCCAUGGUCAAUGGUGGCCUGCCUCAGCAAGGAUCCUUGUUGGCUCACCUCUCAUUGGCUGAGGCGCAGAUCAGUGAAGUGUUGAGACACAAGUUCAGUGGAUUAGCCGUGCUAGAUUGGGAAGCAUGGCAGCCCAUAUGGAUGUGGAACUUCGGGAAAAGAAUUGUGUAUAGGAAAAUGUCCAAAAUGCUGGUUAGGUGGAAAUAUGAAGAUAUGUCAGAGGAGGAAGUGAAAUCCAAAGCGAAGGCAGAGUUUGAAUUGGGAGCAAGAAAAUUUAUGGAAGAGACCCUGCGCCUUGGUGUUCGCCUCUGCCCAGAGGGAUUAUGGGGGUUUUAUGGGUUUCCCAGUUGCCAUAACAAUAAUGGUCAAGGCCAGAGCGGAUACACAGGGCAGUGCCACAGUGGAACAGAGAUUCUGAACGACAGACUGUCAUUUCUAUGGCAACACUCUACUGCCUUGUAUCCCAGCAUUUAUUUGUGGCGUAAACUGGCCGGACACCCACACGCUCAACUCAUGGUGAGACACCGUGUACUCGAGGCCCUCCGAGUUGCAUCCCAGCAUUCACCUGGCACUGAAAAACUUCCUGUAUUUCCCUAUGCCAGACUGGCGUUCUCACACACACUGGAAUUUCUGAACAAGACGGACUUGGAGCACACACUAGGUGAGAGUGCUGCUUUAGGGGCCGCUGGAGUCGUGUUAUGGGGCGAGCUGAGUUUUGCAAAGUCUAAGCUGCAGUGUGCUCUCUUGCGUGAUUACAUCAUCUCAGUAUUAGGAGAGUAUGUCGCCGCCCUGCAGGCUGGUGUGAGGACUUGCAGUAAAAGAAUGUGUAACAGCCAGGGACGCUGUGCUCGACGGGACCCUCACUCAGGUUACAUGAUCCCUCUACAUGGUACCCAUGAAGAUCUUCCUCUCAAUGACAUGAGGUCAAAGUUCAAGUGUCUCUGUUAUGAAGGAUGGAGAGGAGAACACUGCGAGCAAAGAUUGUCCUAAGAACAGAUGUGCUUUUCUGAUUUACAUUCAUUUUCAUUGUGGGAAUUAUUAAAACAUCUUUGUUGAAAAUGUUGUAAGCUAUUAACCAAAUCCACCAGCUACUUACUGUGUUGGUUUUGUGAAUCACAAGCAUUUGAAAAUCGGACAAAGACCAUGCUCGAGUGUAAAAAAUAGAAAAUCAAGAUUUUAUUUGUCACGUACAAGUUAUAUGACAUACAACAAGUAGUGAAAUCUAGGUCUGGCAUACUCUUUUUUUUUUUUUUUUU